AUGGCCAUCCCAAAGGCAUUGCUUCUUGCCAUCCUAGGCAGCAUCUGCUUAUGCAGUAGCACCGUUCUAUCAGCUCGCGAGCUUGGUGACGCGGCCAUGGUGGAGAAGCAUGAGCAGUGGAUGGCGAAGUUUAACCAUGUUUACAAGGACAGCACCGAGAAGGCGCAGCGGUUCGAGGUGUUCAAGGCUAACGUUGCCUUUAUCGAGUCGUUCAACACCGAAAAUCACAAGUUCUGGCUCGGUGUCAACCAGUUUACCGGCCUCACCAACGACGAGUUCAGAGCAAUCAAGACCAACAAGGGCCUCAGAAGGAAUGAUGCUAGGGCUCCAACCGGCUUCGAGUACAACAAUGUCAGCAAUGAUGCGCUUCCAGCGGCAGCUGAUUGGAGGACCAAGGGCGUUGUUGUUGUUGGGCUUUUUCAGCCGUGGCUGCAACCGAGGGGGUGCGCGGGGGGCGAGAUGCACGACGCUUUCAAGUUCAUCAUCAAGAACGGUGGCCUCACCACUGAGGCCAACUACCCAUACACUGCACAAGAUGGACAGUGCAAGACUAGCACUGCAAGCAACAGUGUUGCAACCAUCAAGGGCUAUGAGGAUGUGCCCGCCAACAAUGAAUCUUCUCUUAUGAAAGCCGUGGCUAACCAGCCUGUAUCAGUAGCUAUGGACGGAGGGGAUGUCAUAUUUCAACACCUCUCUGGCGGGGUGAUGACCGGCUCCUGUGGAACUGAUUUGGACCAUGGGAUAGUAGCGAUUGGUUAUGGCAUGACGAGUGACGGAACUAAAUUUUGGCUGCUGAAAAACUCAUGGGGCACGACAUGGGGCGAGAGUGGGUACCUCAGAAUGGAGAAGGAUAUUUACGACAAGAGUGGUAUGUGUGGCUUGGCCAUGCAACCUUCCUACCCAACCGAGUAG